GGGCAUUCGACGUCAGAAAAGGGUAUUUUCCAAAAGCUGUUAUCACGAGAGCUCACUCAAAAAUUACAGGUAGGCAUAUGGAGACACAUUUUCCAUCUGUCCUGAUAUCUCCCAGGUAAGUUGCCGGCGUUCAUAACUACAGUUUCAUUUGGUAUCUGUGAGGACGCGCUGUUGUUCUUACAGCUCUCUUUCUUGCUUGGAAGACCAAUUAGUAGGCCUAUGGGUAAUUGGCACGAUAUCCCAUCAGCUUGUAUCUGCAUGUGCUUUCUUACGAUAUUUUCUGUGAGUUAAAAAUUGAGUAUACUGGUUUUUGUUAUGUGGUCUAGGCCAGUAGUUCCCAACCAGGGGUAGAACACCUAGGGGUACUUGUCCUAUCCACUGGGGGUACUUGAGGAGACUCAUGAGACCGUAGGUCUACUGGAUACUAUGUUGAUUAUAUUAUACUAUUUCUAGGCCUUAUGUUGCAUAAAUCUCUCUUCCUGAAGUUGUGAGAAAUGGUAAGAACCAUCUGUAAUCUAUGGAUGUGCAGGCGUCUCCAUGCAACAACACCUCAGACCCUCUGUGCUGUAAGUAUUUUAUGUUCCCAUGUGUAAACUACAACAGUCUCUCCAACACCAGCUCAGAUAAAAUAUUAGAUGUGCAACAAGAACCAAGUUUGAUGUACCAGUUGGCUGUCUGAGUGCACCAGUUACACUGAUUGUGUUGUGUUCCACCUGUACCAUCUGUACUGUGUAUGUAUUCAGAUGAGGAAGGAUCAGGCACAUUAGCUGUGAUCAUUAUCCCCACUCUCCUGGCUCUCAGCACAGUGGUUGUUGUGACCAGCAUACUGUGCAGUCUCUUCUGUAGAAGAAUAGCAACACCAGAGAGGACCUCCAUCCCUGCCCAUUACACAAAUUGUGGUAAACUUAAACCUAUUGGAAAUAUCAACCUGUGUUAGACCUGUAAUAUUGUCUAGUGAAUUCACCACAGUGAAUUAUUGCGUAAAAAUAAUUGUUAAUGCAAUCUGUUCCUGCUCAUAUCAACACUCUGCAUCAGUAUGCAAACUUUAAACCACGACUAACAUGAGCCCUCUACUGCCUAGGAAGGCACAUGACAUUGUACAAACAUUACAAUAUAAACCUCAAGAAACAACUUCAAGUUGAAAUUCAAAUGCAUGCUAUCACAAAUGUUUAGCACAGUACUGCGUUGCAUCCAGCAGGUCAGGAGUGUGUGUCCACUAGCCCAGUGGAUCCAUGGGAGAUCCCAGGAGAAUGUACUCUGGAGGGGCUGGAGUUCUGGCAGCCUGGCCACUAUGGUCCUAUCUGCAGAGGCACAAUGAGAAGAAAGGAUAUACCCAGUGCUGUGGUGGUCAAGACACUCCGAGGUAUAUGCUUGUACAGUUCUAUACAGGCUGUGUGUGGGACAUUGUAGCAUAUUUUUGGAGAGAUUGCCCCCAAGCAAGUAUGAGGUAUGGGAGAGCUGUGUGUACCUCGCAGGUAAAAACAAACAUACUUUUUGAAUUCGACUCUUAGAGGAUCCCACUGCAAUGGAUUUUGUUAUUUUAUUUCUAUGAUCUUGUUACUUAUUUAAGAAGUUGAAAACUUUGGUCCAAUCUCUUACUUACAGUAUACUGUUUCUCCUUUCAGGUGGCAUAAAUCAGCCUGAGGCAAAGGAGUUUGUUGACUGGAUCCUUUUCCAUGGUAAAGUGUGUAAACACCAGAACCUGGUCCGGAUGCUGUACUGUCAGACACAGAGACUACCCAUGUACCUGGUACUGGAGGCCUGUAGUCCUGGCAACCUCCUGCACUACCUCUGGACCCUGAGAAAUGUAAGACAACAAUUCCAAAUCAAAUCAAAUCAAAUUUUAUUGGUCACAUGCGCCGAAUACAACAGGUGCAGACAUUACAGUGAAAUGCUUACUUACAGCCCUUAACCAACAGUGCAUUUAUUUUUUAACAAAAAAGUAAGUGUUGAGAAAAAAAGAGCAGAAGUAAAAUAAAAUAACAGUAGGGAGGGUAUAUAUACAGGGGGGUACCGGUGCAGAGUCAAUGUGCGGGGGCACCGGCUAGUUGAGGUAGUUGAAGUAAUAUGUACAUGUGGGUAGAGUUAAAGUGACUAUGCAUAAAUAAUUAACAGAGUAGCAGCAGCGUACAAGGAUGGGGUGGGGGGGCAGUGCAAAUAGUCUGGGUAGCCAUGAUUAGCUGUUCAGGAGUCUUAUGGCUUGGGGGUAGAAGCUGUUGAGAAGUCUUUUGGACCUAGACUUGGCACUCCGGUACCGCUUGCCGUGCGGUAGCAGAGAGAACAGUCUAUGACUAGGGUGGCUGGAGUCUUUGACAAUUUUGAGGGCCUUCCUCUGACACCGCCUGGUAUAGAGGUCCUGGAUGGCAGGAAGCUUGGCCCCAGUGAUGUACUGGGCCGUACGCACUACCCUCUGUAGUGCCUUGCGGUCGGAGGCCAAGCAGUUGCCAUCCAGGACUUUAAUUGGUGGGACUUUAAGUUUAUUUGCUGUAACAAAUACAUUGGAAAUCAUACUCACCAGAGCCCUCACUAAUCAACCUUGCUGAAUAUGAAUAAUACUGUAUUUCUAAUCCCAAUAUGAUGUAAAUUCAUUAUUAUUCAAUUUUUCAGUUACAUUUAAUUCAAAUUGAAGUCAUUAAUUGAAAGGUCUACAGAGAAAUAAUAAUAAUUGGUGAUUUUAAUUUCAGACAUUUAAUACCGAGCAUCCCCCUGAGUUGACUGAAUAAUAAUUAAUUUCCCUGUUCUCCAGAGUGAUUCGGAGUCCUUGAGUCCACUGCAACACUUUUCAGAGAGAUCAGUGUUUUUGGUGGCAAAGCAGGUGGCAGCAGGCCUGGUAAGUCAUUUUCUGUAGCAUUUGGAGAGAUCUAAUAUCCAAUGGAAUAGCCAAAAUACAGUACCACAACAAGCUCUGUGCAGUGAAUACAGUGUAAUGUCCUAGCUGCAUAUUGAUACCAAUGUGAUUUAUAACAGUUUCAUCGUCAAUAGACGACACCUCAUGGAAAACCUUGGUACUGCAGUCAGUUGCUAGAAUACAAUGACUAUGAGCAUGUAAUCCAAGCAAUUUAAAAGUAUCACAUCAACUAUAUCCUGGUGUCUGCAUUCAAGCACAUCAUUAAUAUUACACAGUUUUUUUCUUUCUACUAUCUUCUUUCAGGACUAUCUGUUGUCAGAGCACAGGCUUGUACAUGGUAAUGUCGCUGCACAGAACGUCCUGAUUGGUCCAGGGUUCUCUGUGAGGGUGUCUGGAUUGGGCCUGGCCUUUGAGGUCCGCCAGCGCCAGACUGACAAACUGGCCAAUCGCAGGUGCCAGAAUGACAAGCUGGCCAAUCAGAGAACAGCUGAGGUCCCUCUCAAAUGGCAGGCUCCAGAGAGGAUAAUGAAGCACCCAACCACAGACAGGAGUGAUGUGUGAGUUUUGGGACAUGUAGGGCCGGUUUCCCAGACACAGAUUAAGCCCAUUCCUGGACUAAAGCAUUAUCAAUUAAAAACAUCUCCAUUGAAAUAGCUUUUUUUUUUUUGUCUAGCACUAAACGUAAUCUGUGUUUGGGAAUCCGUCCCGUAGAGUAUACAUUAACCGAACAUUUGUUUGGUUUUAUUAACGUUCAGACAAAAUAUUUCUACAUGACUUUCAGUAGUUUUUUGUAACAUCUCAACAUGCUUGAUAACUUGUUUUCUCUCCCCCUCAGAUGGUCUUUUGGAAUAUUUCUGUAUGAAUUGAUCACAUUGGGUAACUGUUACUUUGCAGAUAUCUGAUUCAAGUAAUUUUGCAAAUGCACGCCUACCUCUACAAUAAGACAACAAUAUUUUCAGUUAGUUUUUUUUGUUUUAGUAGUCUUUAAUAUUUUAUUAAUGUUUCAUAUUUCUUCCUCAGGCUCUCCCCCCUACCCUGAUCUGGAGCCGGAGUGUGUGUUCCUCCACCUACAGAAAUCAUACAGGAUGAAGAGGCCAGACAACUGUGGAGGGCCCUUGUAAGUCUGUGCCCGUCCCUGGCCAUAAACAGUCUAAUAUGUCUACAAUAUUCUCAUUAAACCAUAAGAAUAUACAUGUAAUUAUGCCACAGCCAAUGUAAAGCCCAUUAUUAGCUGUGUAAUGCCUCCAUGUUGUAGCCGCCUAUUUAAUCUAAUCAGGCUCUCUCAUUCUAUUCUAUUCAUCGGUCUCUCUCUCCAGGUAUGACCUGAUGAAGUACUGCUGGAUGUGGAGCUUCAAGGACCGGCCUGUGUUCUCCGCCAUCAUCAAGCUUCUGGGGUCUUACACAUACCUUGCUGGCACUACAGACAUCUACAUCCCAGAGGGCAUGGACAUCAUUGACUACAGCAAGAGGGCAGGUGUGCUGCCCUAAAUAUCUAGCCCAAGGCAUCACAUUCAUGAAUAAAGAGGCUAGCUAGAAGCAAGGAGUGAGUCCAUUACAAAGCAUGGCUGUAGUUGAUUUUAGGUUGAUGUGUACUGUACUGUGGUAUCAAAUGUGUUAUAAACUUUCAGAGAGAUUAUUUUAUGAUGCUGAGAUUAAAUUUUGUAAAUGGGUUAACAUAAUAAGGGUGCAUGAGGGUGUGGAAGUAUUGUAUGGAGGAUGCAACCUAGCCUUAUUGUAAGAUUGCAUUUUUGGAUGAGUGUCCCUUUUAGCACAUAAAUGGAUGUCAGGAAAAAAAAAUCUGCCACUAUAAUGUUAUUGUCACGUCACAUUUUUGGCCCAUCACAAGUGAACAUAUUUUAAGAACUUGUACAAAUGUAAGAAGUGUUCUUAAUGUCAUAUUGUCCCCAGUGUCAUGAAACCAGGCAAGUCAUUAUAUCACCACUUUUUUAAUUGUCAAAACAUUUACAUCAUUUAAAAUAUAUUUUACUUGUUUUUAAUUGGGUGAGGAUAACUAUUGUGCCUUUAACGGUAGUAAUGAGACAUGUAGUAUUGUAGCCAUACAGUUAGUGCCCACAACGAGACUGUCUUGAAGUCACUGUGAUCACGCUAUGUAAAACUGUACUGCACACACUCCACUGUUGAUUUUCAUAACAUUGCUUAUCAUUGACCAUGAUGCCAACAAACAAGUAGUUUGGACCACAUGGAGGUGACAUUUAUA